UGUGUGUAUAUGAGUGUGUGCGCACACCUAUGGACCGGCCAGUCGGAGCUGAGAGGGGGUGUCAGUGUGUAGCGCCGGCUAGUCGUGGACAGUGUUGGCCGGGCUCUGCAGUUAUGCAAAGUUCAGAUUGCUCUUGAUCCGUGUUUGACCACCAUCCGUCUGCAGGAGAGUGUGUGACGUGUGUGUGUGUGAGUGUUUUGGAGCGGGAGACACUCUGUCCGGCCCGAUGGUUCUGAGUGUGUGAAUGUCGCCCCAGGCCAUCAUGGGAUCGUCGACGCUGGGCAAGGCUGCCACUCUCCACCAGCUGCUGGAGGCCUGCAUUCAUGCCUUUGAUGAUAACGGGGAGCUCCAGGGAAACCUGUUCCCUCGGACGGUCCUGCUGAUGCACCGCUGGUAUGUCACCUCCACGGAGCUGGCUGGGAAGCUGCUCAUGCUAUAUCGUGACUGUCAGGGCAACGACUGCCAACGGACGCGACUCAAGAUCUGCUAUUUAAUGAGGUACUGGAUUGUGCAGUUCCCGGCUGAGUUCAACCUGGACCUGGGCCUGAUCAGGAUGACCGAGGAGUUCAGGGAUGUGGCGGAGAAGCUGGGCUGUGAGGACCAUUUCAAGCUCAUCGACAUCUCCACCAUCCCGUCAUACGACUGGAUGAGAAAGCUGACCCAGCGGAAAAAACAGGCCAAGAAGGGCAAGGCCUCUCUGCUGUUCGACCACCUGGAGCCUAUGGAGCUGGCUGAGCACCUGACCUUCUUGGAGUACAAAUCAAUCAGGAGGAUAUCAUUCACAGACUACCAGAGCUACGUGAUCCAUGGCUGCCUGGUGGACAACCCCACGCUGGAGCGUUCCAUCGCCCUCUUCAAUGGAGUUUCCCAGUGGGUGCAGCUGAUGGUGCUCAGCAAGCUAACGCCCCAGUUACGGGCGGAGGUCAUCACCAAGUACAUCAACGUGGCACAGAAACUGCUCCAUCUGCAGAACUUCAACACGCUGAUGGCUGUGGUGGGGGGCCUGAGCCACAGCUCCAUCUGUCGCCUGAAGGAGACUCACUCGCACCUCUCUCCAGAGGUCACCAAGAUUUGGAAUGAGAUGACCGAACUCGUCUCCUCGAAUGGAAACUACUGCUCCUACCGCAAAGCCUUCAACGAGUGCGAGGGCUUCAAGAUCCCCAUCCUGGGGGUGCACCUGAAGGACCUGAUUGCCGUGCAUGUGGUCUUCCCCGACUGGGUGGAGAACAGCAAGGUGAACAUCGUCAAGAUGCAGCAGCUGUACAUGACCUUCAGAGAGCUGGUGUCCCUACAGAGCGCCCAGGCCCAGGUGGAGCCUAACAUGGACCUCAUCCACUUACUCACGCUUUCUUUAGACAUGUACUACACUGAGGAUGAGAUUUAUGAACUCUCGCUGGUGAGAGAGCCACGCAAUCCCAAGUCACUGCCCACCUCUCCCACGACCCCCAACAAGCCCCUGGCUCCGCUGGACUGGGCGUCUGGGGUGACCACCAAACCUGACCCGUCUGUGGUCAACAAGCACAUCAGGAAGGUUGUGGAUUCUGUGUUUAGAAAUUACGACCAUGACCAUGAUGGCUACAUCUCUCAGGAGGACUUUGAGAGCAUCGCUGCCAACUUCCCUUUCCUGGAUUCUUUCUGUGUGUUGGACAAAGACCAUCAACUGCCACAAACAGUGUCGGGAGCUGCUGGUGUUGGCUUGCCGGAAACUUCCGCGCUCUACCUCCCAUGGCAGCGUGUCGCCGGGCCCGCUGACCCACAGCUCCCUGCCCAGUAGCCCCGCCCGCCCUGCCUCCUGCAAAGGGGAAGAUGACGACGAGGUGUUCGAGUUUCCCAGCGUGACGGCCGGCGGCGCGGACCUGGAGGGCCAGCAGUCCAUCACGCUGAUGACGGGCUCGGCGCAGCGGAUCUCGGUGCGGCUCCAGCGGGCCACCACCAGCCAGGCCACGCAGACGGAGCCGCUGUGGGGCGACCACGGCUGGGCGUCGGGCGACGGCGGCUCGCACACCUUCCCCAAGAUGCGCUACCGGCCGCACCGCAAGGCCUCCAAGGGCUCCAAGGGUUUCGCGCGCUGGGAGAACGACACGACGACGCCGCCGACGACAACGACGCCGACGCCCUCGACGACGACGACGGUGGGAGGGGGAGUGCCCGCCGGGCAGCCGAGGAGCCGCAGGGACUCCCAGGAGCAGACGGAGGGGUCGGCGGUGGAGGUGGCACACAAUGGCAUCGCCAUGCACAGACAGAAAACAGAUGUCCCCGGAGUCAUGGUGGACAGCUGACUUAUCCACCCUGGGGGCCAGUGUCGGAGCCCCCACCGGCCCUCAGCUUCUCGUCCACGGAGGCUCUCAUCGCUGGGGGAUGUCUUGGGGUGUCUGAGACCCCCGUUUGGUGACAAGGACUAGGGCGCUCCUCUCUGCCCUCACCCCCCCCUGUCCGUCAGCUUCUGCUGGGGCAAAGGACACAGUGGAGAAAGCCCCAGAGGUCACUCUUCAGUGGACAGAUGGAGGGAGGGACGGACGGAAGAAUGGACUGAUGGAUGGGUAGUAUAGACAGAAAUAGAUGGGAAUACAAUAGGUGGAAGAGCUGUCUGUCCAGGUGGAACUGAUUCACAGUCAGCUCACACCCUGUACUCUCCUGACACACUGUAUGUGUGUGUGUGUAUCCCAGCAGGGUCAUACUCUGGCUAACUUGGUUGGGAGGCUAAAAGACAGCAGAAAUCGGAAUGCCACGGCAUAGAAAGACUUGGCUGGCCAGACGUUUGACAUGUGUUUGUAAUUGGGCGUGUGAGAGUGUGUGCGUGCGUUUGGAAGUAUAUUAUGUACACCCAUGAGAAUGUGUACCAUAUGUUGAAUCAUAAAGGGUUACUAUGUGAACUGCUGAGAAGACAGAGCUAGUUAAGUUUGGUAUAGAGCACUAACACUGGUUGAACAGCAAGUAGAGAAUAUCUUGAAUGUUGAAGAUGUGCAGAGUGAUUAUGAGUAAGAUGUUAAUAGUUGAAGUAAAAUAGGAUGUGCUAGAAGGGUAUUGUGCCAAGGAAUAAUCUCUAAAAGGCUCAAGGAAUAUGUGGUGGAAAUAUCAGCAGGUACAAAGUAUGUUGUUUUAUAGGGUGGAUGGAUGCCGAAAACUGAUUUGCCAGAUUGAGUGUUGAUAAUAAUAUUGUUUUUUUUUCUGCCAGUUUUGUUGUCAAGUUCCAGAUCCCAGGAAUAUGGUACUUUCUUUAUUGACAAGAAUUCAUGAACAACACAUGAUGAAAAUGUUUAUUUUUUUAGUAAAAGAAAAUAUGGUCAUCAUUAAUAUCAUAAAGGGAUUUCAAUUUUGAUAAAUGGAAUCAUCACACCACUUAUUUUACUGUCUGGACUACAAAAUUAAAAAAAAAAAAACAAUCCAGCCUAUGACCUAUAACCUUUAUGGUUCUCAGGAAUACCACAUCACAUUGUAUCGAUGGACGAAAAGCAACACAGUGCUACGCAGGCAUUCUCUCAGGGCUGGGCCAGGUUUGGCUAGAACACUGGCUCUUGCCAUCGCCAGCUCUCUCACCUGCAAGCCAGGUGUGCGUGU